GCUGGUUUCCGCAAUGAUGAAUUUACAGCUGGCUUUGGAGGCAGCUGGUCUAGGCCAGAACGUCAAGCUCGUCAGUCCCAUGAGCCUGAGCGUAUUCAACGUGACUUACCCUCCAAGCAGUGGGAUGUUCAAUGAAUCCUACCUGCCCGUAAUAAAGGGGGUGCUGGAUUUUCUUAACUCGACGGGGUCCAGUUUUAUGGUGAACGCGUUCCCGUUCCUCCCCACGAAGGAGUACCCGAGUUAUCUCCCGCUCGCUUUGGGGGAUCCGGAGGCGGAGAGAGUGCUAGACAAUGGCCUGGAAUACACAAAUAUGGUGGACAUGAUGGUCAACGCUGUGGCGUAUGCUCUUGAGCGGGAGGGCUUCUCGACGCUCCCGAUCUCGAUCGGGGCGGUGGGGUGGCCGACGGAAGGAGACCUGAUCGCGACUGCAGAGAAUGCCGAGAAGUUUAACAACUACCUGGUCGGCAAUCUGGUGAGCGGGAGGGGGACACCGAAGCGUCCCGGAGCCGCAGGGCAGAUGCAAGCCUUCGUCUUCGAGCUGCUGGACGAGGACAACAAGACCGUCACCCCCGAGAACUACCUCUUCGAGUCCCACUGGGGAAUCCGCUUCAUGAACGGGACAGCCAAGUACCAGAUCGACUUGUCCCAGGGAUGGGCGGCCGCGGAAAUCCCUGCUGCUGGGACUCCUGCCACCCCCCUCGCUUCCGCCGCUCCGCCGUCGGAUGCGACCGCAAGCCCGGCUUCCCUUACUCCACCUAUCACAACCCUACCCUCCGUCCCCGCUACUCUGCCGCCACUGCCCGGUGUUCCGGUCUCGGUCCCAUCCAUCCCGGCCAAUGUGUCCCUGCCUACCAUAGAUCCGGCUUGUGUCCCUGGCAGCCGUGGAGGGUACCCGGCGAGUGCUAAUCCCGCGAUUGCGCAAACUGGCGGUCCCGCGACUUAUUGUGUCGCAAACGACUGCGCCUCGGACGCCGUGAUAGAGAGUGGGCUUCGCUGGGUCUGUGGAGGGACCGUGGGACUGGAUUGCAGUCCCAUUCAGCCAGGUGGACCCUGCUAUGUGAACUCUACCGUGGCGCGGGCUUCCUGGGCAUUUAACUUGCGUUAUGUCAAUCAGUCGAGAGUCAAAGGGUCAUGCUAUUUUGGAGGUAGCGGGAUGAUCAUCGAUUUGAACCCAUCUCUCGGGACCUGUAUCUAUCCAUGAAACUGAACUGAAUACAUACGUAGGCAUCUGUCGCUACCUGUAUUUAUCUGCGAAGCUGACUGCAUACAUCUAGUAGUACUCAAUUUAAACUCUGGUCAAACUCUCUGUGGGGCGUGAGCAAAAUCACCCGCUUAGUCUUUCAUACGCACACUAAAAUUUUCUUACUACUUGUGCAUGGACGUAUUUGUGGUCAGAUGCGUCCAGUUCCGGUCGUGAAUGCGGUCGGAUACAUUUAAACCACCACCAGCACUUGGCCCAGCUAUCCGCCGCCGGAAAAAAAUAGAGACAUUUCUAGUCGGUUGAAUUUGGGAGCUCCUGUAGUGUCCCGUACAUUUCCUGAAAUUGAGCCUUGUAUACGGGUCACGACACAAGGAAGUACUGGUGUUUUUUUUUUUUUUUUUUUAAAUUUUUAAUUAUCAUUUUUUUUUUUAUAGAAAGGCUAUCAUUAAGAGCUACUGUGAGCAUAUGCCCAGUGGCAUGGUUUCCUUCCUUUUUUUUUGUCUUCUCCUCAGUCAAUUUAGUGGCAUUAAACCU